AUGCUGAAUGUCAUUGUCGCCUGUGUCUCAAGAAAAGUGUCGAGUGGUAGCGACAGAGACGCCUCCUAUGAGUGCUUCCAGUCGGCUGUUAGCGCAGCGUUUUUUCACGCCAGAGGCGACCUCAACGCGAGGGUGGCCAGACGUCCCCGACGGAAGCCCAAGCGCUCAAACGGCCGACCACGUCCUCAUUGUCCACAAAUGGCUCAGCUUGUUAUUCGAGAUGUGUCAGGCGUAGUGAAUGCACAGUGUUUAAUCGCCACCGUGUCGCGUCUACGUCAUCUGUUGACACACGUCAGCUGUUCGAAGUUGACAGGCUAA